AUGGCGGACGAGCUUGAUUUUCCAGCUAGAAGCGAAGCACCCUGUCCAAUCCUGACCGUCAAUUACCUCGAACCGGACACCAAAGUCUACAAGCUGCUACCUAACGACAUUCUGGGUCUUUCCGGCAUAGAAAGUGGUGAAAACAAUACCAAGACUUCUAAUCUUCUCGAAAUUCCUUUUACAACAAUCAACCCAAAACUCCUACUAAAGGACGUUGUGAAAGUGGUCUUGACAAUCCAAGAAGUCAAGAAACUUAAGCUUCCUACUAUCAAAGAUAACAAAGAUAUCCGAGUCUGGUCUGGAAGCAUCAAAGAGAUGAACAACGCCGAUAGAAAUCUUGGUGAUAUCUCGAAAUUGACCCCAGUUGCUGUUGGUAAGUCCCUGAACCAUUUUAUUGCGGACGUUGCAUUUACGGAAGGACCCAUCGUCCAACAAUCGGAUAUCAAAUUCAUCAACAACAAGGACGAACAAGUGGGCUUUCUUUCGGGAAUCCCCGAGAAAAACAAUAAGCGGAAGGAGAGCGAGCUCACGAAACAGAAGGAAAACUCCAAGGGUGAGGAUAGGGAUACUGGCUUCGAGCAUCUGUAUGUGGAUAAGGACAGAGACUACGCCGGUCCCUGUAAGACGUACGGUAACCUUCACCUUCCUAAACCCCCAAACAAAAAGCGAAGCAGGUAG